UUCACCUAUCUUUUCUUGUCGAGAGCCUUCCAAUUUCUCCCACUUCGUGGGAUCGAUCAGCCUCUAAAAACUUUCUUUUCAUCCUAUAUUUUUGCUCUUUAUAUCCAAAGAAUUUCCUCUCCAGAAAAUAUUUUUUGUUCUUUUUUGUUUCAUUCAUGUCAUUUUCGUAACAUUAUUCUCUGCUAAAUCAAACUAGCUAGCAGAAGACGAUGAUGUCAAUGACCAUGUUAGUAUUAUUUCUUCUUCUCUUCAUCGUUGGCCUAAUCUGUAUAGUUACCAACCCCACAAGAAAGAAAUUUAUUGCAUGGAAUAUCCAAUUUUUCCUUCACAAAACUCCUUCAACCAAUAGUAAAUUUAUGUCCGAAAAUUGUACUACAAGCAAUAAGAUUGAGCUCAAAAAUGUCUUUGCUACCUUUGACAAGAACCACGAUGGGUUUAUAACGAAGAAAGAGCUUGAAGAAUCACUCAAAAGAAUAGGAAUUUCUGCUACCGAGAAAGAUGUCGAAGAAAUGGUUGAAAAGGUUGAUUCAAAUAGAGAUGGUAUGAUUGAUUUCCACGAGUUCUGCAAGCUUUUCGACCCAAAGUUGAGUAGAGAUAAAGAUGAAGAGGAAGAAAGAGAGAUUGCGGAUUGGAAAGAGGCUUUUGAUGUGUUUGAUGGAAAUAAAGAUGGGGUAAUAACAGUGGAAGAAUUAGGUUUAGUGUUGUCUUCUUUAGGGUUUACGGAAGGUAAUAAGUUAGAAUAUUGCAAGGAGAUGAUUAGGAAGGUUGACAUAGAUGGAGAUGGCAUGAUCAAUUUUCUUGAGUUCAAGAAAAUGAUGAAAGCUGGUACAAGGCUUGUUCCACUUUCUUAAAUCGUGUGCUUGACUCGACAUGACCAGACAUGAUUCAGAUACAAAAGCACUUUUUGAAAUUUGUGGGUUUUCAAGUUCAGUUCAAGGUACCAAAGUGAUGAUUCUUAUCUUGCUAAGCUACAUACAUUGGUAAAACAUUUACUUCACAUAAAGACUUCAUUGUCUAUCAAUCUGUUAUUAAAAGUUUUGUAAUGUAUUUUGUUCCCAUUGAAGGGUAAUGCAAUUCAAUGUGUUGAUUCAUUUUUGA